GCAGGCGCGGUGGCGCGAGCUCGGCAUCGAGGGAACAUGGCGGGUCCGGGCUUUACCGCGAAUCUGUACUCCCUGCUGUUCCGCAGGACUUCCACCUUCGCCCUCACUAUCGCGGUGGGCGCCCUGUUCUUCGAGCGUGCCUUCGAUCAAGGCGCGGACGCGUUCUACGAGCACAUCAACGAGGGGGUGAGGGGCUGGGACAUCCUGACCUUGGGCCUGCCUGAAUGAAGCUGUGGAAACACAUCAAGCACAAGUACGAGACCCAGGAGUAGGUCUUCACCUUGGAGGUUCGCAAGGACUGGGUCCACUCACCACCUUUGCCCAGAGCUGGGGCCUCCCUCCACUGGAAGAUGAGCCUCAAGUUACUCUUCACCGACCACCUGUAGCUGAUGGCAAGAAAUGGCUGCACUGUAAAGACUCUUAACUUCUGCUGUGCUUGAAGUUUGUGUGUUUGUUCAGUCAGCAGCAAAUACAUGUAAAUUGUUCCUGAAA